UGUCACCUUGAAGUUGUCAUUCCGUCGUCCUUUUUUCAUCGGAGUCUUGUCAAAAAUCCUUGAAUUUUUCUCAAAAAAUUAUUUAAAAGGUUUAUUUGUGAGUGACAAUUUCAAUUUAUAUUUCGAAAAAUGCAGGUUCAAGUGUGGAAUACCAUGGCUAAUUCUUUGAAGCCCUCAGCAUUAAGACUACAAAAAAAUGUUUACGCAAGCCUUUUACAAAGAUAUUAUUCCUCAUCGAACGAUGCUGAUGUUGUGGUCAUUGGAUCUGGCCCAGGAGGCUAUGUGGCCGCUAUCAAAGCUGCCCAGCUAGGACUCAAAACAGUAUGCAUAGAAAAGAACCCUACGUUAGGAGGAACAUGUUUAAACGUUGGUUGUAUUCCAUCAAAAGCUUUACUAAACAAUUCUCACUAUUACCAUAUGGCCCAUUCAGGAGAUCUUGCAAAAAGAGGAAUAGAAAGUGACAAUAUAAGAUUAAAUCUUGACACACUUAUGCAACAAAAGGUGCAUGCUGUGACUGCAUUGACUGGAGGAAUUGCACAAUUGUUUAAAAAGAAUAAAGUGGACUUGAUCAAAGGUCAUGGUAAGAUUACUGGAGUGAAUCAGGUGACAGCGUUGAAGGAAGAUGGUUCAAGCGAAGUGGUGAACACUAAAAACAUUUUGAUUGCUACUGGGUCAGAAGUAACACCUUUCCCAGGGAUUGAGAUUGAUGAGGAACAAGUUGUGUCAUCAACUGGAGCCUUGUCAUUGAAAGAAGUCCCCAAAAGACUUAUCGUCAUUGGGGCUGGUGUUAUUGGUGUUGAAUUGGGCUCAGUGUGGUCAAGGUUAGGCUCAGAAGUAACAGCUAUCGAGUUCCUUCCCUCAAUUGGUGGCGUCGGUAUCGACCAAGAAGUUUCAAAAACUUUACAGAAAAUCUUGACAAAACAAGGACUUAACUUUAAGCUGGGAACUAAAGUAACUGGAGCAACCAAAUCAGGUGGUGUAGUGAGAGUCAGUGUUCAAGAUGUAAAAGACAGCAGCAAAACUGAUGAACUUGAAUGCGAAGUUCUUUUGGUAUGCGUUGGAAGGAGACCCUACACUGAGAACCUGGGAUUAGAAGAAAUGGGUAUUGAAAGGGACCAAAAAGGAAGGGUACCAGUAAACUCUGUAUUUCAAACUGUCAUUCCAAACAUAUAUGCCAUCGGUGACUGCAUUCACGGACCCAUGUUGGCUCACAAAGCUGAAGAUGAAGGAAUCAUUUGUAUAGAAGGUAUUUUGGGAGGUCCAGUUCACAUAGAUUACAACUGUGUACCUUCGGUCAUUUAUACACAUCCUGAAGUUGGCUGGGUAGGUAGAUCAGAGGAAGACCUCAAGAGUGAAGGUGUAGACUAUAAGGUUGGUAAGUUCCCCUUCCUGGCCAACUCUCGAGCGAAAACCAACAACGAAACUGACGGUUUCGUUAAGGUCUUGGCAGACAAAGCUACAGACAGAAUUUUGGGCACUCAUAUCGUCGGUCCCAGCGCCGGAGAACUGAUUAACGAAGCCGUACUAGCACAGGAGUACGGCGCAUCAUCCGAAGACGUCGCCAGGGUAUGCCACGCGCAUCCCACCUGCGCAGAAGCCUUAAGAGAAGCGAACGUGAGCGCCGCUUUUGGAAAGCCCAUCAACUUCUAACUUCACUCAAAGCAAUACACAUACUUAUUUCCAAAAGUAUUGGAAGAAUAUCUCCGAUAAUUAGGAUUAAAUCGAAGUCAUACGAAAUCGUUCAUUUUCUUUAAGAAAAAAAUCAUAAUGUGCUUAAUUCCUUCGCAAUACUUUGUAAAUAAGUAUUAUCGCCCCUUUUUUGUUAUCGUUUAUUUUGUAUAUAUCUAUUUUUAUUUUGUUUUUGAAUGUUCCAAGGUAAUUAAUUAGGUACAUGAAGAAUUUUAAUAUUUAAAUAUCAGAUACGAUCGAAAAUGUUUUAAAUAAUAAGUUAUUUAUUA